AUGAAUCUCGUCUUUGUUGAAGAGGGGUUGGGCAUACUAUCAUCCUGUCCAACAUCAUGGGGCGAACGCCUUGAAUCCAUCACAGAAGGCGCGCGCGCCUCGACUGACGCACACCACUACACUACCCACCCAAAAAGAGAAAAAGAAAAUUUUGAAAAGGGAACACACCCAUCGAGUACGACGAUUGUCGGACUCCGCCUAUACCCGCCGCCCGCAGAGGCCCUCCACCAAUGGAAGGGCAGGUUGUGCCGGCCGCCGCCGAGUGCAGCCGAGGGCGGCCGAUUGCGCGCGUUCACAACAAAAAGUCACACGACUGGUUUAGUGUCGGGUUGCGUCCCAUCGACGCCGCAUCACGUGCCGCGCUACUCGACGCACCACCUGCGCUUGCGCUCACCACAUACCACUGUUUUUGUAAUUCUAAAUACAAAACGCGCUUACAAAUCAAACUGCACAUAUAUCAGUACCACAUUUGUUUGUAUUAGGACCUGUGACCUGUGA